GAGUUCCCGCCUCUGCCGCCGCUGUCCCUGCCCAAGUACAAGCAAGUGACCCUGAAGAACGGCCUCCGCGUGUUCAUGAUCGAAGACAAGGAGAUCCCUGUUGUGCGGGGGUCCCUCCUGAUGCGCGGAGGGCAGCGGGCCUCGCCCCCAGACAAGGUGGGCCUGGCCAGCCUGAGCGCGGCGGUGCAGCGGUCUGGCGGCUCGUGGCAGCACCCCGGCCAGGCGCUGGAUGAUGCUCUGGAGGACCGGGCUGCAUACAUAGAGGGCGGCGCCGGUGCAGAGGCGUUCGGCUUUGGGUGGCAGUGCCUGCGGGAGGACACGGCAGACGUGCUGCAGCUGUUUGCAGAGGUGCUGUAUGCGACUACAUUCGCUGGUGCUCCGUGCCGCCCUGUCCCCCCCAAGCAGGUGCUGAACUCUCUGGAACAUCGGUACGACAACCCCAGCUCCAUCCCCGCCCGCGAGCUGCCCAAGCUCAUCUACGGCCGCGACAGCGUGUAUGCGCGGGAGCCCACGCCGGAGCAGAUUGCCAGCAUCAGCGUGGACGACAUGAGGACCUUCCUGGCCACCUGGCAGCGCCCAGACGCCGCGGUGCUGGGCAUUGUGGGCGACUUUGAGCCCCGGCAGAUGCAGCGGCUGGUGGAGGCAGCCUUUGGGGGCUGGGCGCCGCCGCCGGGGCAGCCCACGCCGCCGCCGCUGCCCGCCCCGCCGCUGCCAAACCAGGCCGGGGUGGCCGGCAAGAUCUUCCUGGUUGAUCGCCCAGCCUUCCCGCCCACCUGCCUCUGCGCCCUGCCCGCAGGCAUCCAGAUGAUGGAUGUGGAUGAGUACCCUCUUGAGAUCCUGGGGUCGCUGUUCAACGGCUUUGGGGGCCGCCUGUUCGACCAGAUCAGGUCCCGCGAGGGCCUGGCCUACUCCGUGUCUGGCGGCUGGGCCUCCACCCCCACCGACCACCCGGGCCUCUUCCUGGCGGCCGCAGAGACGGCGCGCCCCGCCGCGCUGCUGGCCGCGCUGCGCUCCGCGCUGCAGGACGCCGCAGCGGCGGCGCCCAGCGAGGAGGAGGUGCAGAGGGCCAAGGAGGAGGCCCUCAACCAGUUUGUCUUCUCCUUUGCCUCCCGACCCGCCCAGCUCAACCGCAUCAUCACCUUUGACCUGCUGGGCAUCCCGCAGGACUAUCUCUUCAGG